AUUUCAUCCUGGCUAACGCACAGGUAGCAAAGGGGUUUCCUAUAGUUUACUGUUCAGAUGGCUUCUGUGAGCUGACAGGUUUUGCACGCACUGAGGUCAUGCAGCAGAGCUGUUCAUGCAGGUUUCUUUACGGGCCCGAGAGCAGCGAACAUGCCAUCCAGCGCGUGGAUUCUGCCCUGGAAGAGCGAAGCGAGCUUAAAGAGGAGAUCAUGUUCUACAAGAAGAAAGGUGGUGUUUUCUGGUGUCUUCUGGACAUUGUGCCUAUUAAGAAUGAGAAAGGCGAUGUCGUUCUCUUCCUGGCUUCAUUCAAAGACAUCACAGACACCAAAGCAAAAGCCAUCCCAGUUGAAAAGAAAGAGCGACAUCGCGGCCAGGUGAAAGGUGGAUCUCCAUUCGGUACUGCUCGUGUUCACUCUAACACCGUCCUCUAUAACAUCUCAGGACAUCUCCACAACCGGCAGAAACAAAACAAAAUCAAACUCAACAAGAAUGUUUUCGGUGAUCCACCAGCACUGCCAGAGUACAAAGUUGCAGAUGCCAAGAAGUCCAAGUUUAUCCUCCUCCACUUCAGCACCUUCAAGGCUGGCUGGGAUUGGCUCAUCCUGCUGGCCACUUUCUACGUGGCUGUGACUGUGCCAUACAAUGUGUGUUUUAUUGGUGAUGAAGAUUUGACACGUAGCACCACUGUGAGUGACAUCGCCGUGGAGAUCCUGUUUAUCAUCGACAUCUUGCUAAACUUCCGCACUACAUAUGUGAGCACAUCUGGACAAGUGAUCUUCGAUGCUCGGCAGAUCUGCAUCCACUACAUGACCACCUGGUUAAUCAUCGACUUGGUGGCUGCACUGCCCUUCGAUCUCCUCUAUGCCUUCAACGUUAGUGUGGUCUCAGUUGUGCACUUGUUAAAGACGGUACGUUUGCUGCGCCUGCUGCGCCUGCUGCAGAAAAUGGACCGCUACUCUCAGCACAGCACCGUGGUGCUGACCCUGCUCAUGUCCAUGUUCGCCCUGCUGGCUCACUGGAUGGCCUGCAUCUGGUACAUCAUUGGAAAGAAGGAGAUGGACAGCAAGGUGAACACCACCUGGGAUAUCGGUUGGCUACAUGAGCUGGGAAAGCGUUUGGAACUUCCUUAUUCCACAGUGAACGGCUCAGCUAACAGUGGUCCAUCAUUGCGCAGUGUCUACAUCGCUUCACUUUACUUCACUCUCAGCAGUCUGACGAGUGUGGGCUUCGGCAAUGUCUCGGCUAAUACCGAUGCUGAGAAGAUCUUCUCUAUUUGCACAAUGCUUAUUGGAGCACUAAUGCAUGCUGUCGUAUUCGGUAACGUGACAGCUAUCAUUCAGCGCAUGUACUCACGCUGGUCCUCGUACCAUAUGCGAACAAAAGACUUGAAGGACUUCAUAAGAGUGCACCACCUGCCUCAGAGCCUCAAACAGCGCAUGCUAGAGUACUUCCAGACGACCUGGUCUGUCAACAAUGGCAUAGACUCAAAUGAGCUCCUGAAGGACUUCCCUGAUGAGUUGCGUUCAGACAUCGCCAUGCACCUGAAUAAGGAAAUUCUGGAACUGGCUGUGUUCUCAUCUCUGAGCCGUGGUUGUCUGCGCUCUCUGUCGCUGCACAUAAAGACAUCAUUUUGCGCUCCUGGAGAAUAUCUCUUGCGACAAGGAGAUGCUCUGCAGGCCCUCUUCUUUGUCUGCUCUGGCUCUAUGGAGGUGCUUAAGGAUGGCAUGGUGCUCGCUAUUCUUGGUAAAGGGGACCUGAUUGGGGCCAACUUGUCUGUGGAAAACUGGGUGAUAAAGACCAGUGCAGACGUGAAAGCACUGACAUAUUGUGAUUUGCAGUGCAUUAAUCUGAGGGGACUGUAUGAGGUGCUGGACCUGUACCCUGAGUACUCCCACCACUUUGUCCAGGACAUCACUCAAGACCUUACCUACAACCUCAGAGAGGAGCAAGAGAGCUAUGUGGAGAGAAGGACAAAUGGUAGCUUGAGCCAGCACAGUGUAACCACACACUCUCUUCGACAUGUAGAAGAACUUCACAUUCAACACAACGCAGUUACCAAACCUGACCUCUCUAAUCUCAGUCCCAGGGUUGUUGAUGGUACAGAAGCUAGUGAAGGAACAGAGACAGGAAACUCUUCAGCAUUCCCUUUCACUCCUGGUUAUCAGAACAGUUCAACCAACACAACCGCCAGCAAAACAGGUAUUCUGCAGGUAAGCUCAGCUGAACUAGCAGCAAAAUCAGAAGAGACCAGAGGACAUUUAGGCCACCUUGACCAAGAGGUAAGCUCCCUCGGACAAGAAGUAGCUGAACUGAGCCGGGUAAUGAAGAGCCUUGCCUUUCUCAUCGAAUCCAUGAUGGUUUUGCCACAAACGGCCAAUAUCUACAGCCCUCUCUGCACCCAAGGACAUUCCACACAAACCAUUUCUCCUGAAGACCAGGUCAUACCUUGGAUUAAUCGGCUUCCUUCCAGACUGGUGCAUUCUGGGAUCCCUCCUGGAGGACUGGCAACCAUCACAGCACAGGAACUGGUUCUGUUUUCCCAGUCAGAUGUGAAAAACCUCAAACGCAGAUCCCAAAGCUUGAAAACUGUGCACCAGACCCCACCCACUCACACCACUACAUUACUUCAUGCUGCACAACAAUCACCUAAAGAAGGGACAGGUCACAGUGUCCAGGGUUCAUCAUAGCAACAAAUCCUGAAUGGACAAAUCCCUGAGGCAUGUGAACUAUGACUCAGAUCAGUGGAUUAACGCGCACAAGUUAAUUUAAAUAAUAUUUAUUUACAUACACAUUGAAUAGAAGCUUUUAAAUGAAAUUGUAUGACCAGUUUUGCAAUGUUCUACAGGGGAAAUUAGCUGCUCAUUAUCAUAUUCUGACCUUAACUACUACAAAUUUAAUCUAAUUGUGGCUGAGGUCAAGGCUGGGCCUUGGGUGUAAUGUAUUGUAAUGGAUUAGAUAUACACUGAUCAGGCAUAACAUUAUGACCACCUGCCUAAUAUUGUGUUGGUCCCCCUUUUGCUGCCAAAACAGCCCUGACCCAUCGAGGCAUGGACUCCACUAGAUCCCUGAAGGUGUGCUGUGGUAUCUGGCACUAAGAUGUUUAACAGCAGAUCCUUUAAGUCCUGUAAGUUCUCUUUGGUCAAACUCACUCAAAUCCUUACACUUAUCCAUUUUUCCUGCUUCUAACACAUCAACUUUGAGGAAAAAAUGUUCACUUGCUGCCUAAUAUAUCCCACCCACUAACAGGUGCCAUGAUGAGGAGAUCAUCAACGUUAUUCACUUCACCUCUCCCUGAUCAUAAUGUUAUGGCUGACCGGUGUAUAGCCUAAUCUCAUUCAAAACAUUGAAAUCUCCUUCAGUAUCUGACUUCCUUGGUCUCUAAUAGACACAAAUGAUUUCGAGACAGUAAUAUGUUGUUAAAAAUUCAAUUGAAGUCACAGAUUUUGACUAUCACACCCUGUCGUCCUACCGAUGUAUGAUCGUUCCUUCAUGCUUGACCGUGAACGCAGUGCAUACCCUAACAAAAAGUCUGACCAAAAUAGCAACAGUACACUCACUCUGCUAUAACUAAAAUGCAGGCCUUAAUUAAAAAAUGCUGUUAAUGAAUGCACUGAACUCAACUCAUGGAAGAAGCCUGCAGAUGACCAGUGCGAUGACAUUUUUAAUUAAAAGCUUUAUGGAAUGUUUUCUGUUUAAGGAACCGUUUUGAUGCAUGGCACUACAACGUCUGCACUGACCUUUACAGUCAGUUAUUUAGACUCAGCACAGUUAUCUGCAUCUAGAAAAAACUUUUCAGCCUGUUUUUUAAAAAAGAGCAUGUGUAAAAUGAGUGGGCGUGGCAUAACAAUAGGUCAUAGAGACUCUAUAUAGAGUCAUACAGUAGGCAUGACAUGCGCAUGAACGUCACCUCGAGAUUGUGUGUUUCUGUUUCCGUUAGAAAGAAAUAGCCGGGACAUGGUGUGUGUGUGUGUGUGUGACCUGAAAGGUCCUUGCCCUUUCACCAUGGUCCCUCCAUUUCAAAUGCAUGUUAGCAUUUCUUAGCAAAUUUACUGGAUUCAGAGAUUUACCUGCAUCCCAGUUUUAGAACUGUCAAUAUAUUGCAAUAAUAUCUUAUAUAUUACAGCAUUUUGCAAUCCUCAGUGCAACACUGCUGCAAGCCCAGACACUCCUACUCUCCCCCCUCUGCUGGAGCAGCUUGUCCCAGAAUGCUAACACUGCUAAAAAAUUUAUGAAAGGUAUCGCAACUUUGGUCAGAUUUUUCCUUCAAGUGUCAGUCUUUUUACUGGCAUGAGAAAGACUUAAUAUUCUGUUGCAUAAAACUAGGAUUUAAAAAAAAAAAAACAUAUUUACAAAAACCAGCAUCUACAACUUAAAGACGUAUUUUUAUACCUCUGUGUUCUUGGUGUUUCGGGGCAGAGGAAGGGUAAUGAUGGGUAAAAUAUGUAGCGUGGCUUAGCAUAGAGCCGAGUACGCUCUCACUCUGGCCUGCUGGGUAUGUAAA